AUGCUUAGUCCGAAUGUGGAAGUCCAGUGUAAUGCUGUCGGAUGUAUCACGAAUCUUGCUACUCAUGACGAGAACAAGUCAAAGAUCGCUAAGUCGGGCGCUCUUGUUCCCUUGACGCGUCUGGCUCGCUCGAAGGACAUCCGUGUACAGCGAAACGCUGCAGGUGCCCUCCUUAAUAUGACACACAGCGACGAAAACCGACAGCAGCUCGUUAAUGCAGGUGCGAUCUCCGUGCUCGUGUCGCUCCUGAGUAGCGCAGACACUGAUGUGCAAUACUACUGCACCACGGCAUUGAGCAACAUAGCCGUGGACAGUGUGAACCGCAAGAAACUGGCACAAAGCGAGCCGCGACUUGUACAGAACCUCAUCGGGCUCAUGGAAAGUGGCAGUCUCAAGGUCCAAUGCCAGUCGGCGUUGGCCCUUCGCAAUCUUGCCAGUGACGAGAAGUAUCAGAUCGAGAUUGUGCGCUCCAACGGCCUGCCGCCGCUGCUGCGUCUCUUGCGCUCAUCAUUCCUGCCGCUCAUCUUGUCAGCCGCUGCAUGCGUGCGGAAUGUGUCGAUCCAUCCCAUGAAUGAGAGUCCCAUCAUUGAUGCUGGUUUCCUCCAUCCACUGAUUGAGCUGCUGAGCCACGAAGAGAACGAAGAGCUACAGUGUCACGCUAUCAGCACGCUGCGUAACUUGGCCGCGAGCAGUGAGCGGAACAAAGCUGCAAUAAUUGAUGCCGGUGCAGUUGAGCGCAUCAAAGACCUCGUGCUCCAUGUGCCGUUGAGUGUGCAGAGUGAAAUGACCGCCUGCACGGCUGUGUUAGCGCUCUCAGAGGAUCUCAAGCCACAACUUCUAGAUAUGGGCAUCUGUGAAGUUUUGCUACCACUCACAGAUUCGCCAUCAAUUGAGGUUCAAGGCAAUUCGGCUGCGGCACUCGGCAACCUUAGCAGCAAGGCCGAUGAUUACUCGCCCUUCAAUGCCGUGUGGGAGAAGCCCGCUGGUGGUCUACAUGGCUACCUGGUGCGCUUCCUCGAGUCGGACGAUACCACGUUCCAGCACAUCGCUGUGUGGACACUGAUCCAGCUGCUUGAGAGCGGAAACAGGGAUUUAGAGCAGCACAUUCGUGAGAGUCCACAUCUUCUACAACUCGUCCGUCAGCUGCAAUCACGAGAAGACGGCAGUCAUACAGCAGAAGAGGAUGUCGAUGGUACAAAUCAAGACCUGUCUCCUGAGCGGGAGAUCGCAGCGCUCUCGCGACGCAUUGAAGAAAUUCUGUUUGAUGACAGCGAUGGUGAUGACGAAGGUGCUGGUAACACCAAAUAA